UGUCCAGUAGAAGGUGGGGCCUUUCUAAAGUUAAACAUCUGGAAGAGCUUACUGCUCAGUCUUUUGGUUAGUCAGUAAGCUUCAGUUGAAUCCAGCUGCCAAAGAGAAGAUGUCCUUUAUAACAGUAGAUCCAACUUCUGACUUCUCCUUCCACAACCUUCCUUAUGGAAUAUUCUCUACAUCUGACAAUCCCAGACAUCGCAUUGGUGUUGCGAUUGGGGACCAGAUCCUAGACCUCAGUGCAGUGAAGUCUCUGUUUAAAGGACCUGUGCUUUCCAAAUAUCAAGGUGUCUUUGACCAGCCUACACUGAAUGCAUUCAUGGCUCUUGGUUAUGAGGCCUGGAGGGAAGCCAGAAGGACAGUGCAAAUGCUGCUGUCAGCCAAUGAGAGCACACUGAGAGAUGAUAUGAGCCUUCGGAGCAGAGCAUUUAUCCAUCAAAGUGCAGUCACCAUGCACCUUCCUGCAAACAUUGGCGACUACACGGACUUCUACUCCUCCAGAGAUCAUGCCAAUAAUGUUGGGAUCAUGUUCCGGGGAAAGGAGAACGCUCUCAUGCCAAACUGGUUGAGGCUUCCUGUGGGAUACCAUGGUCGGGCAUCAUCAGUGGUUGUUUCUGGGACUCCCAUCCGCCGCCCUUCAGGCCAGAUGAGGCCUGAUCAGACAAAACCUCCAGUGUUUGGCCCAUCUAAGAAGCUGGACAUUGAACUGGAGAUGGCAUUCUUUGUUGGAGGAGGUAAUCCGCUAGGGGAACCAAUUCCUAUCCAAAAAGCCCAUGAACACAUCUUUGGAAUGGUACUCAUGAAUGACUGGAGUGCUAGGGACAUCCAGGCCUGGGAGUAUGUUCCAUUGGGACCUUUCCUGGGGAAGAAUUUUGGGACAACUAUUUCACCUUGGGUCGUCCCCAUGGAGGCACUGUUACCCUUUGCUGAGCCUAACCCCAUUCAGGAUCCAGAACCCCUCCCAUACCUGCAACACAAUGAUGCGUAUACUUUCAAUAUUAAUCUGUUUGUUUCACUAAAAGGCAAAGGCAUGGCUGAAGCUGUGAACAUCUGCAGAUCAAAUUUUAAGUACAUGUACUGGACCAUGAAGCAGCAGCUUACCCAUCACACGGUCAAUGGUUGCAAUGUCAAACCAGGAGAUCUGCUCGCUUCAGGCACCAUCAGUGGACCUGAUCCAGAGAGCUUUGGCUCCAUGCUUGAGCUGUCGUGGAAUGGAUCUAAGAACAUUGACCUGGGAGGAGAAGAAACUAGAACCUUCUUGAAUGAUGGAGAUGAAGUCACUAUAUCAGGUUACUGUGAAGGAGAUGGCUACAGGGUGGGCUUUGGGACGUGCCAGGGAACAAUCCUUGCAGCUUUGCCGCUCUAAAACAGAUGUCUACUUACAGAAGUAUUUCACUUGGCUUUGAUGACAACAAUGAAAAACUGCAACAUGGACAACUCCUUUCCCCUCACUCUCCUCUUCUCUUUAAAAGAGGUGCUAUGGGCUUUAGUAAAUAAUGAAUGCAGAUUUCUCUCAAUGUAAUCUCUGACCUUGUUACUGAUAUAUAAUGAAAUAUCCAUCCAGCAGAGAGAUUGUCCCGUAUCAUAUCACAAUGUUGCUGCUGUACCAGGAUCAGUGUUACUGAUGUUUUGUAUCUCCUCUGAUGAAAUCAUCCAUUUUAAAUUUGGUUCUGUUAUUGUCUUGUUUUCAUGCUGACUUACUCUGCCACCUCAGGAACACAGCUGCAUUCAGAAUGAAUACAUCCAAUUAUCCAACUGGAGCUCUUCCACUCCCCACUUCAAUAGGAGUUGAUCUGAGAUGAAUAUAUUAUCUCUCUAUGUCACCUUACAGAGCAGCAACUUAAAAAAUAGUUAAACGUAAAUGUUCAGGUCACUGUGAUUUUUUUGGCGCUCAGGACUUGUAAACAUUUUGACCUUAUUAUCUGAAACUCCAGUGGAACAGGAUGUGUAUAUGACAAAAAACAGGAAAAAGAUGAAUUGGUAAACUUGAAUACAGAUUAAAGAUGAUGAUGCAAGAAUGAAUGCUUCCAAAAAUCUGACAAUCAUUUCUGAAAAGCUGAAUAAAAAAUGAUGUAAAAAAAAAAAAAAA